AUGCCGUUUCAGGGGGCAGGUCGCUUUGGUGGCCGUGGUCGAGGUCGUGGCCGAGGUCGAGGUCGUUCCAGUAGCAAGCCAAAACUGAGCCACAAAGGACCCAAGCAGCCAUACAACGACAAUAACAAGACGCAGAGCCACAAACCAGUUUUCGAACCGCCAGCAGAAAAUAAUAAUCAGUACCAUGUCAACUACUUGGACCCUUUCACGGAUACCACCAACCACCACUGUGAAGAAGAAGAAGAAAAAGUUCCCUUUACGAGCCGUUCUCGCGAGUACUACAGGCGAAGACUCGAAGCAGAAGAAGAACAAGGAAAGUUCCUACAGGACCAAGUGAAGCAGCUUCGGGCAGAAUUGGAGCAAACGUAUGUGAUAUUUGACGGAGAAUUCGAUAAAUGGGCUCAAGAGGAAUCUGGCCGAAGAACAUCGCUUCAGGCCUCUGAUAUUAUUGGCAUUGUCAGCCAAGAAAGACACGACGAGGAGCUGCGACAAUGGCAAGAGGCUGUGAAUGUGCUAGAAAAGCAAGUCGAGUCCAUGAAUCGAUUAUACGACACCCUCGAAACUAAUUGUGUGGAGCUUCGAAAUCAAAACUCUGCCUAUCAACAAACUAUCAACAAACUGGAAACACGAAACCAAACGCUGGAACAAAAUGCCGAGAGCUUGAGAGGAAGGGCCGAAGAGCUUUUUAUCCAAAACAAUGAGCUUCAAAACGAUAUUGUGGAGCUGGAACGUCAGGAUCCUUUUCCAGUCAUUUCCUCCAAACGUGGAAAGAUCCACGAAUCUGGUAGGAUGGCUGCCGAUAGCCACAAGUCGUUGCGGCACAGCGUGGAUGGUCAUGAGGGAUGGGCUCGGACCUCCCAACAUGCCAAGAGCUCCUUCAAAGGGGAUCCAACAAAACAAGGCUCAGGACUUCCUCCCAAGGGGGAUAAUAUGGAUCAAGGGGGGUCCAAGAGUUCGGCUCAAAGCAAACUGCAAAUGGCACCAACAAUGUCCCAUGGAAACGCAAUGGAACGUUCGACGAGCGCUCCUGUUGGGAUUGCCCUGACCCCCAAAAGGAGUGGCUCCAAAGUUAUAUCCAUCUCCAGCAGCGCUCCUAAUAAGAAGAACGGUAUUUCGGUCUCGGUUUCAACUCCUCCAAGUGGGGCUACUGCAAGCCUUGAAAAACCUACUCAACCAAGGCUAUCUGACUCGACGCGGGUUACGGGCAAGAAGACACAUGACGUCGACAGCGGCAUCUCCGUGAUGACUUCCUUUGCCUCCGGGGAAGAAGCAACCAAACUGAUCGGUGAUGAGGGCUCAGUCCAGCCUGUCCACAAGAGACAGCCCAUCUCUGUACGGACAAAGCAAAAGAAUGCUGCCAUGAUGAAAACUGCGGUGGAGGCUCCUGCGUCGAAUGCAACGGACAACGCUCAAAAUGCAGCCUGCGUUGACAUAAUCUCGAAGAGCAGUCAAGGGUUGACGUUGGUGGACUUUCUGUUCCGCCGUAACAAAGACAAAAGAGUUUCAUCACUGUUUCUUUUCUUCCAGCAGACAGAAACCAGAGCACAAGGACGACAAGUGCUGCUCGUACAGCAAGACCUGGUCCAAACAGUGGCAAGGCUGGAAACCCUCAUGAGAAAGCACAAGGCUCUGCAGGGGUACAUUUUGAGCGAACAAAAAAUCAUUGAGCAGUCCGAACAAGCCAUGGACGAUGCAGCUCUGCAGGAAGAUGACAGUCCAGACAGCGAGGGAGGUGACGUUGUUUCCACAAGUUGGCAGAGUGCCCUUGAUAUUGCCGAAGGCAAAAAGGUUGUAGGCAGCUCCCCUGCUCUUGGAGAACGCGACUCCGUUACAACUGGUGAGAGCGACGACGAGGCUGUGCAUGAGCACUCACCGGAAGCUUCAAAGCCGCCAACGAAGCGUGUGCCACACAUCAAGCCUAGCAAGGAGCCUCCAUUGGAUCUACCCAAGAACGAAUCUGACGAAGACUUUGACGGUAUCAUCGCAGAGGCAAUCAGGAAGAACGAAGAGGACACGAAGAAUAUGAAAGAGAACGAAGAGCAGGCGUCUUUGGCCAGACAGAAAGAAUUGGACCGAGAGCGAGAAAAGCAGGAACAGUGGGAGAUUGCCGAGAAGAGAAAGAAGGCAAGGGCGGCAGUCGCGCGGAAUGAAAACAAUAUGAAGGUGGCGGAGGCCGAGAUGAAGACUCUGCAGAAACGAAUUGCUACUUCAAAAGAAGCAAUCGAAACCUAUGCAGAACACAUGAAAGAAUCGGUAGCAACGAUCGCCGAGGAGAACAAAGCCCUGCAGAAGCUCAGGACAAAACUAGUUGCGCUUCUUGAGGCAUGCAAAUUUGAAACAUCCAAUAUGAGCGAUCUCGUGGAAGAAAUUGCUUCGUUUGAUCUCAACUCGUCCCGUGAUGAGUAUGGUCUAUCGCUUCUUUUUGGUUCAGUACUUGCAGGAGAUCUGGGGACACUCUCUUUAUGCCUUCGCCUAGGGGCUGAUCCCAAUGGCAAUGUCAGAGACGUAACGCCUGCAUUGGUUGCAACCUACUUCAAUAUGCGAGACAUGAGAAAAACAAGCUACAAGAGUAUGGAGCAACACUAUCGUUGGAACUUGAAGCAGGCUGGGAUGCAAUUUUGGCAGCAAGAACUGAUGCAGCAUGGCACCUGCACGAUUGGGCGAAAACUUUCAAAAUAG